CAACAGUCUAUACAACAGUUACCUCAAACUCAGCAGAAAUCAUCCCAUGUUCAACAACAGACUUCUCAAACACAGGUUUCGCAACAACUAUCUCAGGUUCAACAACAAAAUCAGCAACAAUCUAAAGUAUUAGAACUAAUAGAACUUAGAUCGAAUAAUAAUAAUUUAGAUUUCACGUUUGCUUCAAAUAUUCAAGUGUUAACAAAAGCUUUAUAUAAUCAACAACGUCGAGAAUGUGCUGGUUUGCAACUGGAUCCAAUAAAAUUCGAACAUAUGAUUGAAAAUGCUAAUCCUCAACUUAAGGGUUUUUUUAAUUAUAUUAUAAACACAAUUAUUUCUAAAGAACGUUUGGCCUAUAGUAUUAAUGAAGCUAAAAAAUCAAUAGUCGGGUUAUGUUAUAUGAUAGCAG